AUGGUUAAAUUGCGUUAUUCUUAUAAAUCGUGCCCUAAAUUUUAUCGACACGACCUUGCUACUUUUGCACAAACCAUCCGGCAUUUUAGUAAUUUGGCAUUUAAAAAGCUGUACCGACAAAACGCGAAAAGCGACAGGCCUAUGGCACUAAUUUGCGCAGCUGUAAUUGGAAAAAAUCGGUUGUGGAAAAGGCUUUAA